AUGGCGGGGAACGACUGCGGCGCGCUGCUGGACGAAGAGCUCUCCUCCUUCUUCCUCAACUAUCUCGCCGACACGCAGGGUGGGGGAUCUGGGGAGGAGCAACUCUGCGCUGACUUUCCGGAGCUCGACCUCUCCCAGCUGGAUGCCAGUGACUUUGACUCAGCCACCUGCUUUGAGGAGCUGCAGUGGUGCCCUGAGAACUCUGAGACUGAACCCAGCCAGUAUGGCCCUGAUGACUCUGAGCUCUUCCAGAUUGACAGUGAGAACGAGGCCCUCCUGGCAGCGCUCACCAAGACCCUGGAUGACAUCCCCGAAGAUGACGUGGGUCUGGCUGCCUUCCCAGCCCUGGACGGUGGAGAUGCACUGUCCUGCACCUCAGCUUCAUCUGCCCCCUCGUCUGCGCCCCCCAGCCCCACCCUGGAGAGGACCCCGGCCCCUGAGGUGGACGAGCUCUCACUACUGCAGAAGCUCCUUCUCGCCACAUCAAACCUGAUGUCAAGUUCUGACACCCAGAAGGAAGGGACUGCCUGGCGCCAGGCAGGCCUCAGGUCCAAAAGUCAGCGGCCUUGUGUCAAGAUGGACAGCACCCAAGACAAGAAGGUUCCCAUAACGCAGUCUCAGAGCCGGAGUUGUACGGAACUGCAUAAGCACCUCACCUCGGUGCCACCUUGCCCCCAGCAAGCGAAAGCCCGCUCCCCAGAUAGGGGCCUGCAGCCACUGCUGCCCCUGAGUUCCCAGCUCCCUGCCAAGGAGAAUGAGCAGCCGGGCAAGGACUGCCUGAGCCCCCAGCCAGCUCCAGCCUCUCCCCAGGACUCCCCAGCACUGGGCAGGGCAGGCCCUAGUGCCCAGAUGUCCCAGGAGGAUAUGCAGGCGAUGGUGCAGCUCAUUCGCUACAUGCACACCUACUGCCUCCCCCAGAGAAAGCUGCCCCUGCAGGCUCCAGAGCCAGCCCCCCAGCCCUGCAGCAGCCCAUCCAAGCAAGUCAGGCCCCGGCCUCGGCAUCCCUCCAAAGCCUCCUGGGCUGAGUUCUCCAUCCUGAGGGAACUUCUGGCUCAAGAUGUCCUCUGUGAUGUCAGCAAACCCUACCGCCUGGCCACACCUGUCUACGCCUCCCUCACCCCCCGGCCAAGGUCCAGAACCCCCAGAGAUAGCCAGGCCUCCCCUGGUCACCCAUCCCCAGUGGAGGAGGUGAGGAUUGCAGCUUCACCCAAGAGCACCGGGCCCAGACCGAGCCUGCGCCCACUGCGGUUGGAAGUGAAAGGGGACGUUGGCCAGUCUGCUGGGUUGCAGCAGGAGGAGGAGGAUGCUGAGGAGGAAGAGGAAGAAAAAGAGGAGGAGGAGGAAUGGGGCAGGAAAAGGCCGGGCCGAGGCCUGCCAUGGACCAAGCUGGGGAGGAAGCUGGAGAAUUCCGUGCGCCCUGUGCGGCGUUCACGGAGACUAAACCCUGAGCUGGGACCCUGGCUGACAUUCACUGAGGAGUCGCUGGUCCCCUCGGAGCCCCAAGGUGCUCUGCCCUCUCUGUGCCAGGCUCCCAAAGCCAAUGACAUGGAGGGGGAGCUCGGCGGCGCCACAGAUGAGGACAGUGGCCAAGACCAGCAGCUCCUACAGGGACCCCAGAUCCCUGCCCUGGAGAGCCCCUGUGAGAGUGGGUGUGGGGACAUGGAUGAGGACCCCAGCUGCCCACGACUCCCUUCCAGAGACUCUCCCAGGUGCCUCAUGCUGGCCUUGUCACAAAGCGACCCUCCUUUUGGCAAGAAGAGCUUUGAGCAGACCUUGACAGUGGAGCUCUGUGGCACGGCAGGACUCACACCACCCACCACACCUCCGUACAAGCCCACAGAGGAGGACCCCUUCAAGCCAGACAUCAAGCACAGCCCAGGCAAAGACACAGCUCUCAGCCUCCCUUCCCCUGAGAGCCUCCAGCUUGGGGCCACCCCAGGGUCUGCCCACAAGCUGCCAAAGCAGCAGCCUGAGCGGAGAGAGCUCCUGUCCCACCUGCGGCAUGCCCCAACCCAGCUGGCCUCCCAGGCUGGCCAGAAGCGCCCCUUCUCCUGUUCCUUUGGAGACCAUGACUACUGCCAGGUGCUCAGGCCAGAGGGCACCCUGCAGAGGAAGGUGCUCAGGUCCUGGGAGCCAUCUGAGGUCCACUCUGAGGACUGGCCCCAGCAAGGUGCCCUGCAGGCUGAGGGGCAGGCCUCCAGCAGGGAGGAAGACAGGAGCUGUGAAGCUGGUAGCCCGCCCAAGGACAGUGUGCUGCUGAGGGACCACGAGAUCCGUGCUAGCCUCACCAAGCACUUUGGGCUGCUGGAGAGUGCCCUGGAGGACGAAGAUCUGGCCUCAUGCAAGAGCCCUGAAUAUGACACCGUCUUUGAGGACAGCAGCAGCAGCAGCAGUGAGAGCAGUUUCCUCUUGGAGGAGGAAGAGGAGGAGGGCGAGGAUGAUGAUGAUGAAGAAGAGGACUCAGGGGUUAGCCCCCCCUGCUCUGACCACUGCCCCUACCAGAGCCCCCCAAGCAAGGCCAGUCGGCAGCUCUGUUCCCGCAGCCGCUCGAGCUCUGGCUCCUCCUCCUGCCACUCCUGGUCACCAGCCACCAGAAGGACCUUCAGAUGUGAGAGCAGAAGGCCGUGCUCAGACAGAACGCCAAGCAUCCGGCACGCCAGGAAGCGGCGGGAAAAGGCCAUUGGUGAAGGCCGCGUGGUGUACAUUCGAAAUCUCUCCAAUGACAUGAACUCCCGAGAGCUAAAGAGACGCUUCGAAGUGUUUGGUGAGAUUGUAGAGUGCCAGGUGCUCAGGAGAAGUAAGAGGGGCGAGAAAUACGGCUUCAUCACCUACCGGUGUUCUGAGCACGCAGCCCUGUCUCUGAGGAAUGGCGCUGCCCUGAGGAAGCGCAACGAGCCCUCCUUGCAGCUGAGCUCGGGCGGGCUCCAGCACUUCUGUUGGCCCAGAUACACUGACUACGAUUCCAAUUCUGAAGAGGCCCUUCCUGCAUCAGUGAAAAGCAAGUACGAAGCCAUGGAUUUUGACAGCUUACUGAAAGAGGCCCAGCAGAGCCUGCAUUGAUAACAGCCUUAACCUUCGAGGAAUACCUCAAUACCUCA